GAUUAUCAUCCAAAGAGAGAACAAGGCGAAUUUGCCAGUCUACGGUUAUGGUUACAGUAACGGUGGAAUGUUGGUGGAAUCUCUAUUAUGCCAUAAGAUCAUCCAACGAGCCGUAUCGGUUAAUGGUGUUCUAGCUCUCCGGCCUGGUCUAACCAAAGCUUUCAAGGUUUGCGAUAAUAUCUAUGAUGACACUACUGUGGUCCCGAAACCUCCAGCACCGAGAAUGGCCAGU